UAGUUGACCGAGUGCUCAUUCCAUUUUGGUGGCUCACGACCAUGGCAUCGAUCGGGCAGUGGUUGCGCGUAGAGCAAAGCGAAAAAGACCGUUUAACCGAGCUGGAAAGUGAUAUUGAAUAUCGACAACGAUGGAUCACGAUAAGAUUAGUGUAUGUGAGCGGGUUUCUGAUGUUUUUAUCGUUCGGUGUGGUGACGACGGGACUCUGGCCUUACCUACAGGAUAUGGAUCCGACGGUGGGGAAGGCUUUCUUGAGUGUCGUGUUUGCCGCUCCUCCGACUGGCCAGCUAAUUUUUAGUCCACUGAUCGGCUGGUGCUCCAACCGAUUAUCAUCGAUUCGAGUGCCAUUUGUCCUACUAACGGCUCUGUUUGUGUUCGGUAAUGCACUGUACAGCGUGGUAGAGCUUUUCCCCGUACCCUAUCGAAAGUACGUUAUACUUCUCUCGAGAUUUGUCUUUGGCGUAUCAACGUCAAUUAAUACGCUUAGUCGAGCGUACAUUUCGACGGCCACUAAGCUGUCCGAACGCACGGGAGCCAUCUCGAUGAGCUCGCUGGCUCAGACGUUUGGGCUUGCAGUCGGUCCCAUCAUCCAGGCAGCACUAUCAACACUCGGAAAGGAUGGAUUUAUGUGGUACGGUUUGCGGAUUAACAUGUACACCAUGGCCGGCUGGAUUUGCGCAAUCGGUGGAGUAGUUUACAUCGUACUGCUAAAUCCAUCCUGCUUCGUUCAUCGUACUAUUGCCGCACAAGAAGCGAUGAAAACGACCGGCUACAGCAAGGCAACGGAUACGUACGAGCCUUUAAAGAUGUUCUCCAUCUGGACAGUUAUGAUCGGUUACAGUGUGUUGAUGUUUUUCUACGUAUCUGUUCAAACGGCCCUUUCACCGAUAUCGCUAGAUCAGUUUGGGUGGAGUCACGAGGAAUCUCUUUACUACCUAGGCAUCUUACUCACAGGCGGCACAUUAUGCUCUUGUGCAGUGUUUUUGCUGUUGCCCCAACUAUGCAAACGAUUUCAAGAACACAAUGUGUUUCUAUUCUUUGCCAUACUGCCGCUUUUUAUCAGUCAAGUGGUAAUGAUACCGGUUGGAAGCAAAACCAUUCCUAUGUUUGAUUCGUCCAGCAACAACAGAAGCACCGCAGGUGGUUGCCCCAUCGAACAGGAGUGGUGCAAUUUUAUUCCUCCGAUCAAUCAAUAUCAAUUAACCGUUUCAUACACAAUGCUGUGUAUUUCGUUUUCGGUAGGAAUAGCUAUUAGUCAAACAAUUCUUUCCAAACUGCUCGGCACGCGUCCCCAGGGUAACUGGAUGGCGCUGUACACAAGCAUCGGUGGUCUAACACGCAUUCUAGGACCGGCAUCGGUCGUGGUGUACGUUCGUUUUGGAACGUACUGGUUGUUUGGACUGGGCGCUUCCAUUUCGGGCCUGAUACUCGUGUGGAUGUGGUGUUACAAAAGUCAUUUAAGAACAACGAAAAAAUCAAACCAAACAUCAGAAAUGCAACAAAUGACAGCUCUGGAAUGA